AUGUCGAUACCAAAGGAAAACGAUAAACAGUACAAGGCUGAGAUUGCUCAGACGAGAAACUUUCUUCGAGCACUCGGAGAUCACAACAAGUGUAAAUUAAUGAUGGAAAAACAUGAUGGUAUUAAGAAUUUACCUUAUGAAUUCAAGAUGAAAUUUAAUUGGUCUUGUUUAUUCUUGAUGGAAGCGGAAAGACAAAAAGAAAAGGAAAAUUGUUUAACAAACAUAAACUUGAUUCAGGGAAAUUCUUUCAAUGUACAAAAUGAUGAAAUUGAUAGUACUUUAGCUAAAAUUGAUAAUUGCUUUGAAAGUGAUUCCUCAAUAUUGGAUGGAACUACACGGACAAAUGAGAAUUUUGUUAGAAAUGUGAGAGGCAGUAGGUUCAGAGAUUUUAUGCCACAAUUUUCUAAUCGUAUGAGGGAAUGGAAAGCAGCCAAUAAGGGAUCUUACCAAGAUGUGAACAAUCAGGAAGAGUUGGAAACCAUGUUGGGUAUCUCUAUUCCUGAUGUGAAGAAGAGAUUGUUAAACUGUUUAGAAUCUAAACCUAGAGCAAACAAGGACCAAGAUCUGAUAUCAAUGUCAAAUGAGUUUUGUUUAGCCUCUUCACAGGAAUAUUUCUAUAAGGCAUUGAUGAUUUCUUGCCAGAGAAAAGUAGCUGACUGCGCAGAGAAAGUGAAUAGAAACCUUUUAGAGAAUGAAAAAGUAGGCUUACUCUUUGAUUGUGUAGAUGAAGUUCGCUCCCAAAACUCAACUUGUGUUACUCUAGGAUUAAAAGAGAUGGAGAAGACAAUAAGGGAGUCUUUUAAACAAAAGUAA